GAAAAACAGCCAUCAAGAAAUAUCUCUCACAGAUUUCUCCUCUAUACAUUUCGUCUAAAUCAACCCAACAAGAAUCCUCUAAAGCUACUUGACAUGAAAAGGGAAAGAAAUGAACAAGCUCUUACACGAUACCCAUUAUGUUUUUUUAACAUGAAGUAUAAAGAACCUCAAGUUUGCGUCUUCCUUCUUCUUUGCCAGAUGUAGAUUUCAAGAGACAAAUGUUUGAGCAGUUUCACUGGGAAACUUUUUUUUAGAGCAGAAGCUUAGUAGGUUGAUGACAAGGGGUGCACUCACGAAUAGCUACCAAAGGCGGAAUCUUUUUUCACUUUAAGAGGUAGGGUUCUUGAGAUUGCAGGUAGUUUAAUGAUCUGGGUUGUGGAUGAGAUAAGCUCAAUCAUAGCUUCUUGCAUGCUAUCUUGGUAGCAUUUUAUCCUUGAAAUUGCUGUUACUUUAUGAGAAACUAUUCUGCUGUUUGUUUUCUUUCUUCUCUGCAAAAAUGGGUGCAAGGGGGCAUAAUGGGGUUUCUUGUGGUCGUUGAUAUGUAGUUUACUAAGUAGUUGUAAAUAUGCCUUGCUGAAAAACCACAGAUGUCACAAUUUCUCAUCUGGGUUUGAAAAAAGUACUGAAAUGCAAGUCAUUGUCACUGAAAUCCUUCUCCUGUGAACUUGGUGGGUGUUGUUGAAAAAACUGACCAAGUUGGCAUCUUUAUGUAAUGGGAAUUUUAAGCUGUAAGGGAAGAGAUUUCCUCAUCUGGGUUUUGAAGAUUAGGGCAUGUCAAAUUGGUGUUUUAGUUCAUCUCAUCAUUCUAUCAUAUUUAUGGUGUGGAGUCUCUGGUCUAGGCUCCAUGUCUUCUAUUGCAAUUUCUUAUGGGGAGAAUGGUCCUGUUUUCUGUGGUCUGAAAUCAGAUGGUUCUCAUCUUGUAACCUGUUACGGAUCGAACUCGGCCAUAAUAUACGGCACUCCUGCUCAUUUCCCAUUUGUUGGUCUAACUGCUGGUAAUGGUUUUGUUUGUGGGCUUCUAAUGGAUUCAAGCCAACCAUAUUGUUGGGGAAGCAGCGGUUACGUUCAAAUGGGAGUUCCUCAGCCAAUGAUCAAUGGGGCAGAAUAUGUGGAAAUCAGUGCAGGUGAUUACCAUUUGUGUGCUUUGCGAAAGCCAUUGACUGGAAAACGUAGAAACUAUGCUUUUGUGGAUUGUUGGGGUUACAACAUGACUAAAAACUACGCAUUUGAUGGGCAGAUCCAGUCAAUCUCGGCUGGUUCCGAGUUCAGUUGUGGGAUUUUUUCUCGUAAUAGGACUGCUUUUUGUUGGGGUGAUGAGACUAGUAGCCAUGUAAUGACCUUAACUCCUAAAGAAAUGAGGUUUCGAUCGAUCGCAGCUGGUGGAUAUCAUGUUUGUGGGAUUUUGGAGGGGAUGAAUUCCAGGUCCUUUUGUUGGGGAAGAAGCUUGGACCUUGAAGAAGAAAUCUCAGUGACUCAUUUGGCUCAAGGAAAUGUAGAUUUGCCACCAAAGGAUCCAUUGAUUUCAGUUACUGGAGGGAAGUUCCAUGCUUGUGGAAUCAAGAGCUACGAUCUUGGAGUGAUUUGUUGGGGUUUCACCACUGAACCAAGUACUCCUGCUCCGAGUGGCAUUAAGGUCUACGAAGUUGCAGCUGGAGAUUACUUCACUUGUGCAGCUCUUGGAGAGAAAUCUCUCCUUCCUGUCUGUUGGGGUCAUGGGUUUCCUACCUCCCUCCCUGAAGCUGUCUCACCAGGACUUUGCAAAACUGCUCCUUGUGCUUCUGGUUCUUAUGAACUUAGCCGUGAAAAUGCACCCUGCAAGUCCCCCGGUUCUCAUGUUUGCUUGCCUUGCAGUAAUGCCUGCCCGGCGGAAAUGUACCAAAAAUCUGAAUGCACUUUGAAAUCUGACCGACUGUGUGAUUACAACUGCUCAAGUUGUUCAUCUUCUGAAUGCUACUCAAACUGUUCAGCUUUGUACUCAACUGCUGCCAACGCCAAAAAUAAUCAGAAGUUUUGGUCACUUCAGAUGCCGAUCAUUGUUGCUGAAAUUGUCUUUGUUGUGUUCUUAGUGAGUAUUGUAUCAGUAACAGCUGUAUUAUAUGUUCGCUACAAAUUGCAGAACUGUCGGUGUUCAGGGGAUGGAUCAAAGCCUAAGAAAAUCAACGGAACAGGUUCUCCAUACCAAAAGGAGGAUAAUAAGGUUCGCCCAGACUUGGAUGAGCUCAAGAUCAGAAGGGCUCGGAAAUUCACUUACGAGGAACUUGAGAUAGCAACAGGUAGAUUUAAGGACGAAUCUCUGGUUGGGAAAGGAAGUUUCUCAUGUGUGUAUAAAGGGGUUUUGAAGGACAGGACAGUAGUCGCUGUCAAGAAGGCUAUAGUAUCUUCUGAUAAGCAGAAGAACUCCAAAGAAUUCCAUACAGAGUUGGAUUUGUUAUCAAGGCUAAACCAUGCCCAUUUGCUUAAUUUGCUUGGCUAUUGUGAAGAAGGUGGAGAAAGACUUCUUGUUUAUGAGUUCAUGGCUCAUGGGUCCUUGCACCAACACCUUCAUGGGAAGGAGAAGGCCAUGAAAGAGCAAUUUGAUUGGGUCCGGAGGGUCACCAUUGCAGUACAAGCAGCUAGGGGAAUUGAAUAUUUGCAUGGGUAUGCUUGCCCCCCUGUGAUUCAUAGAGACAUAAAGUCCUCAAACAUUCUUAUCGAUGAAGAGCACAAUGCCCGAGUGGCAGAUUUUGGCCUCUCUUUGCUAGGACCAGCGGAUAGCAGCUCCCCUUUGGCUGAGCUGCCUGCUGGGACUCUUGGCUAUCUUGAUCCCGAGUACUAUAGGCUUCACUACCUCACAACCAAGUCUGACGUCUACAGCUUUGGGGUGUUACUCUUGGAAAUCUUGAGUGGCAGAAGAGCUAUUGAUAUGAAAUUUGAUGAAGGGAAUAUAGUUGAAUGGGCAGUUCCGCUGAUAAAAUCUGGUGACAUAUCUGCUCUUUUGGACCCAGUUUUGAAGCCUCCAUCAGAUCCCGAAGCCCUGAGAAGGAUUGCAAACAUAGCUUGCAAAUGUGUGAGAAUGAGAGGUAAGGAGAGGCCAUCAAUGGAUAAAGUGACUACAGCUUUGGAACGCGCACUUGCACAGCUGAUGGGAAGCCCAUGUAAUGAGCAACCCAUUCUGCCAACAGAAGUGGUUUUGGGAAGCAGUAGAUUACACAAGAAGUCCUCUCAAAGGUCUUCGAAUAGGUCGGCAUCGGAAACUGAUGUGGUGGAAGCGGAGGACCAGAGGAUCGAGUUCAGAGCUCCUUCAUGGAUAACAUUUCCUAGUGUAGCUUCUUCCCAGAGGAGAAAGUCCUCGGUCUCGGAUGCAGACGUAGAUGGAAGAAAUAUCGAAACAAGAAACCUGGGGAAUGUGAGCAAUGUUGGAGAUGUGUUGAGGAGUUUAGAGGAAGAAAUAGGGCCUGCUUCACCUCAGGAAAACUUGUUCUUGCAGCACAAUUUCUAAAUUACCUAGUGAAACAUUUGGUCUUAUUGAUUCU